CUCACCUCCACCUGCUGAAGGUGCUUAACGCUUGUUGACUUGUUGUUGUUUUCUAUAGUGAUCCUCGGGACAUCUUAAGACGAAAGUGAUGGCUGAGUCWMGAAUGACAGAGUCACCGGACCUUAGGAUUGUCCUGUUGGGCAAAACAGGCGUUGGGAAGAGUGCAUCAGGAAACACCAUCCUGGGAAGGAAAGCUUUUCUGUCCAAGCGGAGUUUCGUCUCGGUGACAAAAGAUUGUGCAGAAGAAAUGUGCAYAAUUAAUGRUCUUAAAAUCUCUGUGGUGGACACUGUGGGUAUUUUCAGCACUAMCAGCUCUGAUGGUCUGAUUGAGGCAGAAUGCAAGCGGGCCAAGGAAUCUCCUGUCCCCUGUGUUUUCCUUGUGAUAGUUAAAGUGGACAGGUUCACAAAUGAAGAGAAAGAAGCYGUGGAGAGAAUUGAAGACAUAGUUGGUAAAGAUGGAAUGAAAAGAAGCUGUAUCCUUUUGACACAUGGUGACAUGGCAGAUGGGCUGACAGUGGAGAAAAUGAUUCGAGAAGAAGGAGCUGAAGACCUCCGUGAAGCAGUGAAUAAAUUUCAGGGGAGGUACUAUCUGUUCAACAAUAAGAUUGAGAGUCGUGAUCAGGUUGACAAUCUUCUAACCAAACUAGAUGAACUCCAAAAGACUGUUUCCAACAUGAAUACAGAAAACACCAUGGAGAGCUCAGCUGAGAGAAGAAUUGUGUUGCUGGGCAGAAGUGGAGUUGGGAAGAGUGCAUCGGGAAACACCAUUUUGGGUCUGAGAGGAUCAGAUCAGUUCMGGUCUGACUGUAGCUUUAACUCAGUAACAGARAACAGCGAGGUCAAAUCGSCAGYAGUGGCAGGAAGGGAAGUCAAGGUGAUAGACACACCUGGCCUCUCCAAGGGRAAACRCWCUCCUCAGCAUGUGUUUAAUGAGAURAUGAAGAGUUGCCUGCUCGCUGAAGAGGGGCUGCAUGCUUUUGUCUUAGUGGUUGAGCUGGGCAGGUUUGAAAAGAAUGAUGAUGAGAUAUUUUACUUACUCAAAAAGGCAUUUGGUGAGGAGGCGUUGAAAUAUGCAGUGGUUCUCUUCACACAUGGUGAUAAACUCAGCAGCCAAAACAUUGAACAAAAUAUACAGGCAAACGAGGAUCUUAAAAACCUUGUGGAAAUGUGUGGUGGCAGAUACUGUAUCUUCAACAACAAAUCCAGGAACAACGAACGGCAGGUUAGGGAGUUGUUUACGAAGGUAGAUGAAAUGGUACAAGUAAAUGGUGACACAGCCUAUGUCGGUGAGAUUGUCGGCAUAGCGCGCGCUAUCAUGCGAGAACUAAGAGAGACCGCUACAGAUCUACAGCAUUAG